GCCGCGGGGGAGCGCGGGAAAUUCCGGGUGCAUCUGGAAUUUCGCAGGUGGCGAGGACUAUGGCCACGUCUUCGGUGUCCAAGGGUUGCUUUGUGUUUAAGCCAGACUUCAAGAAGAGAAAGAUCUCUGUGCCAAUAGAGGACUAUUUUAAUAAAGGGAAAAAUGAGUCUGAGGACAGUAAGCUUCGCUUUGAAACUUACCAGUUGAUAUGGCAGCAGAUGAAAUCUGAAACUGAGCGACUACAAGAGGAAUUAAAUAAAAACCUGUUUGACAGUCUAAUUGAAUUUCUGCAGAAGUCUCAUUCUGGGUUCCAGAAGAAUUCAAGAGACUGGGGCUGUCAAAUAAAACUCAGAGAAAUUCCAACUGCUGCUCUUGUUCUAGGUGUGAAUGUAACAGAUCAUGAUUUAACAUUCAGAAGUCUAACAGAAGUCCUUCAGAAUAAUGUUACUCCAUAUGUAGUUUCAUUGCAAGCUAAAGAUUGUCCAGAUAUGAAACAUUUUUUGCAAAAGCUGGCCUCACAGUUGAUGGACUGCAACGUAGGCGUGCAAUCCAAAGAGAAAGAAAAUGUUCAGGUCACCCAGAAAAAGAUACAUUAUUCAAUGGAUUCUCUUUCCACUUGGUAUAUGAAUGUCACACAGAAGACUGACCCAAAAAUGCCAAGAAAAAAGAGGACUCCUUCUAGCCAAUGGCAGUCUCCUCCUGUUGUGCUUAUCUUAAAGGAUAUGGAAAGCUUCACCACAAAAGUACUCCAAGACUUUAUAAUUAUCAGCAGUCAGCAUCUACAUGAAUUUCCACUAAUACUCAUUUUUGGAAUCGCCACGUCUCCUAUUGUCAUCCAUCGGUUGCUUCCUCAUGCAGUAUCAUCUCUAUUGUGUAUAGAACUAUUCCAGUCUUUGUCUUGCAAGGAGCACCUGACUACAGUACUUGAUAAGCUACUUCUCACAACUCAAUUUCCGUUUAAACUAAGUGACAAAGUGUUGCAGGUUCUGACCAACAUCUUUUUGUAUCAUGAUUUCUCAAUCCAAAACUUUAUAAAAGGGCUUCAGCUUUCUCUAUUAGAACAUUUCUAUUCCCAGCCCCUCAGUGUUCUGUGCUGUAAUCUCCCAGAAGCCAAGAGAAGAAUAAAUUUUUUAUCAGAUAAUCAAUGUGAAAACAUCCGACGUCUUCCAUCGUUUAGGAGGUACGUGGAAAAGCAGGCUUCAGAAAAGCAAGUUGCACUGUUGACCAAUGAGAGAUUUUUGAAGGAGGAAACACAGUCAUUAAUAGAAAACCUGCAUGUUUACCAUGCAAAUUACUUCCUGGUUUUGAGAUGUCUUCAUCAGUUCACCUCUUCUCUUCCCAAGUACCCACUGGGUCGACAGUGUGCUGUUCACUUCCAGAUCAGAGAGCUGUACUGCACGUGUUUAGAAAAGAGCAUAUGGGAUUCAGAGGAGUAUGCAUCGGCUUUGCAGCUGCUGAGGAUGUUGGCAAAGGAUGAACUGAUGGCCAUGCUUCAGGAAUGUUUCAAGGUUUUUAAGUACUCUUCUGAAAAGCAGCUUGGCAACACAGCAAAGAGAAUAGAGGAGUUCCUGGCCCAGUUUCAGAGCCUCGAUGCAGAAGCCAAAGAAGAAGAAGAAGAUACUUCUGAGUCACAGUCAAAGGGACUUCAGAAGACAGACCUCUAUCAUCUUCAGAAGUCAUUAUUGGAAAUGAAGGAGUUAAGAAGAACAAGUAAGAGGCAGACCAAGUUUGAAGUCCUCAGAGAACAACUUGUGAGCUUCAUCCACAGUCUGGUGAGAGAAUACCUCCUGCUUCCAGACACACAGCCUCUGCAUGAGGUGCUGUACUUCAGUGCUGCCCACACCCUUCGCCAGCACCUGAACGCUGCCCCGCGGAUCGCCCUCCAUACCGCGCUCAACAACCCAUAUUAUUACCUCAAGAAUGAAGCACUGAGAAGUGAAGAAGGUUGUAUUCCAAAUGUCGCCCCAGACAUCUGCAUAGCAUAUAAACUGCACCUGGAGUGCAGCAGGCUAAUCAACCUUGUGGACUGGUCGGAGGCCUUUGCAACAGUUGUGACAGCUGCUGAAAAAAUGGAUGCAAAUUCUGUAACCUCAGAAGAAAGGAAUGAAAUUAUCCACCUCCAGUGCUCGGUUUAUUAGAGCUGUUUCUGAGCUAGAACUUUUAGGAUUUAUAAAACCUACCAAACAGAAGACUGACCAUGUGGCAAGGCUAACAUGGGGAGGCUGCUAGAACGCAAAUGAGUGAAGCCAGAAAGAUAGCAUUUAGCUUAAGAGAAAAAGGAGACCAAUCAUAUUUACACACCGGUAGAGGAAGAUUGCUUGGGAAGAAGAAGAAUGUGUAAUCCCUGUGUGAUGUUUAAACAGAAAAGUAGACUGUUAAUCCCUAUCAGGAAUGUGUCAAAGCACCUUUGGAGUACUUUAGAAUCCAACAAGUAACAUGCUAACAUUGCAAGUAGAACCUCUCUCAGAGUAUCACUGCAAUUUUCAUUCAUUAAGAAAUUAUGAAUAAAUUGUUCUUGGACAUACAUAAUGUAUAAAUGUAAUAAAU